AUGUCUGCUAGAUUUCCAAAUGGCACGCUGAUAAAAGAGCUCUAUUUAGCUGGAAAUAAGAUCAGCUACGUUGAGGGUCUCCACAGACUUCUGAAGCUAAAAGUUCUGGACCUGAGCUUCAACAGCAUAACCACAGCAAGGGCCUUGAGUCAACUUGUUGCUAACGACAGCUCUCUCUUGGCACUCAACCUGGUUGGCAAUCCAAUUCUGAGCAAUUUUAGCGAAGCUGCCCUUCGUAAAAACAUUUGUAGCAUCCUACCUAAGAUAUCCUACCUGAAUAAGAAGCCCAUUGAUCCUCGGAAGGGACAGGAGGUGGCCUUGCACAGCAUAUCAAAGGCUGCACUCGAGAGCAAUAACCGGUUCUCGCAGAAACAAUUGACAAGGCGAGUGAUCAAGACUACCAGUUCUUCGGUUAAGAGCCGGGGAAGAGAAAAGAACACCUAUAGAGGAGCAAGCCGCAACCUCGGAGAGAGGAGCAGAAUGAACAGAUCAAGGGCCAAGCAUCAACGGUCUAUCACUUGA